AGUAUCUUUGGACUACGGUGCCCGGGAGGUAACGACGGGGUAGCGUCCCUGGGAUCCGUGGUAGGCUUGGAUCCGGAGCGUGAAGGCGGGGCGGCUUCUCUGGGACUCCUGAGCAGAUUAAAAACGGAAACUAUAUUGAUAGUAAAACUGAUAGUUUUACUACUGAAAUGGAGGCCUUGCGAGAUGAUCUACUACAGACCAUUUAUAUCACAAGUGAGAUUACAGUGACCCAGAAAAGCUGCCAGUAUACCUUCAGCAACUGCUUCAUCGAUUUCAUUCUAUGAAAAGCACAAGAUCACUGCUGGAGAAAAUCACGUGACUUGCGUCUGAUGGUAGAGACAAAGAGGAAGCAUUCCCAAAGAGAGGGCUUAACCUGUAAUUCUUCAGCACACUGAAACUUUUCACAAAACAUAACUGUUUAUAAGAAAUUUAUGCUAGCCUAUCUGGCUUUCUCUAUUACUGACACCAUGCUAUACUUACUUCCAUCAUUGUCUUUGCAUUGGCUAUCACCUGUACCCGGAACACAUUCUGUCCUUACCUCCACCUCAUGGAAAAUAAUGUUAAAACCAGCUGAAAUGCUACCUCAUAAUUUAAAAGAAGAAAAAAAUCACAACUUGAGAGGUUGAUGGUACCAACUAUAUAACUCAUUCCAAAUUCCCACUAUAGUUUACCUGACAAAUCGUUAUCUAGCAUCUUGAAGAUCUCCAAUGAAGGGAAUGUACCAAAUGUUCAGACGGCUUUCUUUGAUCUUUCCUGGGUGGAAUUGAUCUUUGUCCACUUAGACAUCAUGUAGCACUUUACUUGGACCUAGCUUACAUGUCAUCUCCUUACUGGAUUGUAUUUUUGAAGGAAUAUUCUGCUUGUGUUUAAGUUGGAGAGACUACAGCCACUCCAAGAAAGUUGAGAUUAAACAAAUAACAUCUUGGAAAAACAUGGAAGCUUUCUAUCGUGUUUUAGAACAGUUAUAUAAGAAGAUACUUCUUGGAGCUCCACUUGAAAAUGACAGCCAAGAAUGUGCAUUUUAUCUCAAUCUACCUUUUUCAGCCCAAGAUUUAUCCACAUCAAAUUUCCUAAAGUGGCCAUGUGUUCAUCAUGGUAACCAAGCCAGUUCUGUCAACAUGGGUGCCACUCCCACUCCUUUAGCAUCAAUAAAUUUGAAAAUGAAUUUUCAAGUUAGUAAUCCCAGAGAUAUAAUGCUCCUUCAAUUAACAGUCAUCAAGAUGAUGAUAACCAAAAUUCUAUCUAAAAAAAUGGAAUUCAGUAUGAAAGAGAAGUACAGCGAUAUAAUUGAAAUUCUCUUAAAGCCCUAUGAACUGGAAUAUAAAUUAAUCAGCACAUUCCAUGCCUCUGAUAAGUUGCUAUCUCAUAUGGCUGCAAAGUGUCUUGCCUCAUUAUUAUAUUUACAACUAAGAGAAAAGGCUAUAGUAAAUAAAACAUGGACAACUUUUUGUUUAAAAACUCUUUCCAACUACUGUGAAAGUAAUACAACCUCAUAUUGUCUCUGGACUCUUACAGCUGUAAUAAAAGAAAUAUUGAAAGCUUCAUGUUUACAGAAAGCAGAAAUAUUGCAGCAGUUUUUGACAUCUUUUGAUUUUCUUUUUGAAGUCUUUUACUGUUCAGUUUUUUCUCAGCAUUUUGAAAACUACCAAGAUACAUCACUAAAUCCUAAAAUCACAAAUUUCUUGAUUUGUUUUCUGGAAUUGCUCGAAAUUCUUAUAGCCUCCAGAAUUCACUUGAAGUUAUAUCUCACUUGCCAGAGGAUUUUUUAUUUGAAAAUAUUUUGUGCUUUGGACAUUAUUACCUGGCCUAUUCACUCUUUAGUCAAAAAGAAGUUCAUCAUCCUUAUUAAAAGAUGUCUACUACAUAAAGUGGGUGAGGAUGUCCUAAAUACUUCACUUCCCUCUUUAAUUGAACGAGAUCCUUAUUUAGAUACAGACAUGCUAGCUUUGGGUAAUGCUUUUUUGCAAGCUGUGAAUUUCGGAUGGUUGAAGCAAUUAUCUAUUUUUGGAAAACCCAGCCACUUUGGAGGCAGUGAAGUUCAACCUGGAGAUACAAGUCUUCUUGUUCCUGACUUCAUUAUCCUCAGAGCAUCAAGUUUGGUUUUACUGAAAUCCUUAGAAAUAAAGGUGCAUAAUUGUACAUCAGCAGAUGAAGUAAAAGCUCAAUUACAGAAAUUCAUGUCUGAGCUAUUGAACUUCUUAAAACAGCACCUUCAAUCCUCCCUGAAUUUGCAUCAUCACUGUGAAUGGCUCUCAAAAAUCUUCAUAGAACAAGAUGAUGACAUGCUGGAGGCUGCAAAAGCAUCAUUAAGCAUUUAUUUAAAACUUACUAGAGCAUGGAAUGAAGCUGCCAAGGGCAUGACCCAAGAAAAAGAAACUUGCAACCAUCAGACACAUGAAAAUGGCUUAAAUCCUCACUGUAUUUUCUUAUUUCUCUUAAAAAAUAUUGGGUUUGAUGCAACAGUUCUGCUUGACUUUUUAAUUUCAUCAGAAACCUGCUUUCUCGAAUACUUUGUUAGGUAUUUAAAACUGCUCCAAGGAGAGAGGAACAAUUUUUCAAAUGUUUGUAAAUUAUUUGAUACAGCAGAAUUAAGAGAUGGUGUGCAUUUUUCUAGUAUUGUCACUUCACAUGUUGAAGAAAGAAGCAACAACCAAGCUACUCGGCAGCCUCUUUUUUGUGGUACAAAUUAUCACGCUCUUUUACCCUUGACUUCUGACCCUACUACUUCUAGAACAAAUAUGGGACAGAAAGACAACCAGACUGUGAAGUCUAAGCAACCCAACUUAGUUAUAUGCAUUGAUAAUACACCGUCACCAAGAGCCUCUCAAAGCCUGGUCGAUUAUGACAGCUCAGAAGACUCUGAAGAGGAGAAAGUGGAAGAAGACUAUUUAUCAGAUAUUAAACAGACUCCUUUAAACCAUCAAGUCAAUACAAAGAUAAGGGAAACUGUCACUGUGACUGGAGAAAAGAACCAGAGUAAUCUAGAAUCUGUUGCCAGGCUUCUAGAUCCAAAAGAGUUUUCGACUUUUUCAUCUUUUGGCUGUGAAACUGCCCUAAGUAGUAUUGCCUCCCAAACUGUAACAUCUCAUAAAACAUUUAAAUGCUUGAAAGAGCUAGAAAAGGCAGUUUCCCGUUUGCACAGGAGCCAUCUCUUUCCUUAUAACCCUUCAGCAUUAUUGAAAUUGUUAAAACACAUUGAUACAAUAAAUAAGAAUAUGAACUUGUUAUAAAUACUAUGUUUCUAUCUAGCCUUUCCUUCUUAUCUGCGGUUUUUUUACCCCUUUGACUCCCUUUGGUGUCACCACUCCCCUACUCAGAGUGAACUUGAGGGUUAUUUCAGUUGUUUUUCCUAAUGCCCUGGACUCUGUCAGCUUCUCUUGACCUUCUGGCAUCUUAUGGUCCCUCUGUUCACCUCUUGCUUUAGGCUACUGAGUAUUGCUGGAGAAAGUUACAAAGUAGUGCUGAUUUGUUCCAGAACAAAUCAGUGCUUCCUAAUCUCAGACUCUCAAUUUGGCCUAAAAAUCAUUGUGUUCAUCCUUAGUUGGCUUACUAUCCAGUUUGCUCACAGAAUUUGUUACAGACUCAUUAUACUUUUAUCUGUCCCCUUUUUACUCACUGCAGAUGACUGUUUUUUUACUUUAGUCUGACCACAGAGACUGUUUGAUAUGAGUGCCCCCAACUUCCGUUCUUCCUGACUCAAAAGUUUUUUGUCUUUUCUUCCCUUUUCAAAGGAAGAAAUAAAGCUAAUUGGCCUUUGGUAUCCUUUAUUUCAUUCUUUCUCACCUUUCUAGGUGCUUACUUUAUUGAUUUAUUUUCUUUCUCAUUUUUAAACUUUAUUUUAAACCUUCAACAACUCACCAUACCUUGAAUUAGAGGGUCUGGCAUGUACUAGUAAAUCUCCCAACUCAUAACUGUACCCUCAGUGUCUUUCACCUUUUAACCCAUCCUGUACAUUGUUGCUGACUAAUUUUCUUUAAAGCAAGCUAUGAUAUACAACUUCAACAUGAAAACCUUCCUCUUUUGAUUUCCUAUUGCUUACUGAAUCAAGUACUGAUUCCUUGGCCUCACAUUCAAGUGCUAUAUAAUUUGAUUCCAUCCGUUCUGCUCGUCUCCUACUAUUCCCAUCAUAUACCCUGGGUCUAGAAGUGACUCCUUUCCGUUCCCCAUAAUACUAAAUAAGUCCUCUGCCUUUUUGUUUUUACUUAUAGUACCCCCUCUUUGCUCUUUAUCCACAGCUUUGCUAGCUUAAUAAUUCAUACCCAUCCUUUAGGACCAAGCUCAAUGAAGAAUUCCUUCAGCUCUACAAGUUUGAAAUAAUUUUCCUCUAAAGUGCUUCUUAUUACACUUUCAUAUUCUUUGUUGUAUAAAAGUGGUACAGUAAAACAUAAGCUUUUUGAGAUCAGUCCCCAUUUCAUUUUGCCUUUCUAUACUCAGUGCAUUGUAUACACUGGUAUUUAAUAAAUGUAUGCUGAAUUAAAUAUAGUUGAGUUGUUUAUAUUUCCCCUGUUACAAUGUAGGUUCUAUUGUAUAAAAGUGGUACAGUAAAACAUAAGCUUUUUGAGAUCAGUCCCCAUUUCAUUUUGCCUUUCUAUACUCAGUGCAUUGUAUACACUUGGUAUUUAAUAAAU